AUGCCCCCGGACAGACCGACGGAAGAGCCCCUCGGCCCCGCCAGGCGGGUCGCCGGGACCAACCGACGGGAGAGCCCCUCGCCUCCAGCAGGGACGGGUCGCCCCGGGACAGACCGACGACAGAGCCCCUCGGCCUCCAUCGCCCCGGGACCGACCGACGGACAGAGCCCCUCGGCCUCCAUCGCCCCGGGACCGACCGACGACCGAGCCCCUGGGCCUCCAUCGCCCGGGACCGACCGACGACCGAGCCCUGGCCUCCACGCCCCGGGACCGACCGACGACAGAGCCCCUCGGCCUCCACGCCCCGGGACCGACCGACGACAGAGCCCCGCCUCCAUCGCCCGGGACCGACCGACGGACCGAGCCCCUCGGCCUCCAUCGCCCCGGGACCGACCGACGGACAGAGCCCCUCGGCCUCCAUCGCCCCCGGGACCGACCGACGGACAGAGCCCCUCGGCCUCCAUCGCCCCCGGGACCGACCGACGGACCGAGCCCCUGGGCCUCCAUCGCCCCCGGGACCGACCGACGGACAGAGCCCCUCGGCCUCCAUCGCCCCCGGGACCGACCGACGGACAGAGCCCCUCGGCCUCCAUCGCCCCCGGGACCGACCGACGGACCGAGCCCCUGGGCCUCCAUCGCCCCCGGGACCGACCGACGGACAGAGCCCCUCGGCCCCGCCAGGGACGGACCGACGGACAGAGCCCCUUGGCCUCCAUCGCCCCCGGGACCGACCGACGGACAGAGCCCCUCGGCCCCGCCAGGGCGGAUCGCCCCAGGACCGACCGACGGGCAGAGCCCUCGGCCUCCAGCAGGGACGGGUCGCCCCGGGACAGACCGACGGACAGAGCCCUCGGCCUCCAUCGCCCCGGGACAGACGACAGACAGAGCCCUCGGCCUCCAUCGCCCCCGGGACAGACCGACGGACAGAGCCCCUUGGCCUCCAUCGCCCCCGGGACCGACCGACGGACAGAGCCCCUCGGCCCCGCCAGGGACGGAUCGCCCCCAGGACCGACCGACGGGCAGAGCCCCUCGGCCUCCAGCAGGGACGGGUCGCCCCCGGGACAGACCGACGGACAGAGCCCCUCGGCCUCCAUCGCCCCCGGGACAGACCGACAGACAGAGCCCCUCGGCCUCCAUCGCCCCCGGGACAGACUGACGGACAGAGCCCCUCGGCCUCCAGCAGGGACGGAUCGCCCCCGGGACCGACCGACGGACAGAGCCCCUCGGCCCCGCCAGGGACAGAGCCCUCCCGGGACAGACCGACGGGCAGAGCCCCUCGGCCUCCAGCAGGGACGGAUCGCCCCCGGGACCGACCGACGGGCAGAGCCCCUCGGCCUCCAGCAGGGACGGGUCGCCCCCAGGACAGACCGACGGACAGAGCCCCUCGGCCCCGCCAGGGACGGGUCGCCCCCGGGACCGACCGACGGACAGAGCCCCUCGGCCCCGCCAGGGACGGAUCGCCCCCAGGACCGAGCGACGGACAGAGCCCCUCGGCCUCCAUCGCCCCCGGGACCGACCGACGGACAGAGCCCCUCGGCCCCGCCAGGGACGGAUCGCCCCCGGGACCAACCGACGGGCAGAGCCCCUCGGCCUCCAGCAGGGACGGGUCGUCCCCAGGACAGACCGACGGACAGAGCCCCUUGGCCUCCAUCGCCCCCGGGACAGACCGACGGACAGAGCCCCUCGGCCUCCAGCAGGGACGGAUCGCCCCCGGGACCGAGCGACGGACAGAGCCCCUCGGCCCCGCCAGGGACGGAGCCCUCCCGGGACAGACCGACGGACAGAGCCCCUCGGCCUCCAGCAGGGACGGGUCGCCCCCGGGACCGACUGACGGACAGAGCCCCUCGGCCCUGCCGGGGACGGAUCGCCCCCGGGACCGACCGACGGACAGAGCCCCUCGGCCCCGCCAGGGACGGAUCGCCCCCGGGACCGACCGACGGGCAGAACCCCUCGGCCUCCAUCGCCCCCGGGACAGACCGACGGACAGAGCCCCUCGGCCCCGCCAGGGACAGAUCACCCCCGGGACCGACCGACGGACAGAGCCCCUCGGCCCCGCCAGGGACGGAUUGCCCCCGGGACCGACCGACGGACAGAGCCCCUGGGCCUCCAGCAGGGACGGAUCGUCCCCGGGACAGACCGACGUACAGAGCCCCUGGGCCUCCAGCAGGGACGGAUCGCCCCCGGGACAGACCGAUGGACAGAACCCCUCGGCCUCCACCAGGGACGGAUCGCCCCCGGGACCGACCGACGGACAGAGCCCCUGGGCCUCCAGCAGGGACGGAUCGCCCCCGGGACAGACCGACGGACAGAGCCCCUCGGCCUCCACCAGGGACGGAUCGCCCCCGGAACAGACAGACCGACCGACCACUACCGGCCUGA